AUGUCCGCCCGUGUGACUGUUGACAUUGAUGACCCACCUCGACCAUCCAUAAGUAGAUCUACUCGUCCUAUUAAGUCCGCUAAUCUUCCAGAUUUUGCUUACUCUACAUACUCAGGACCAUUUUCUUCAUUUAUAGCGAACAUCCAUCAUCUGUGUGAACCUGAAUCGUAUAGAGAAGUUGUAUUAGAUCGUCUUUGUGGUGAUGACCAUGGUGGUAUUGAGUCUUUGAAGCAUGAUCUAGCUCAUCGAUUUGCUGUGAAGGAUUUGGUCUUGUUGUAUUAUUUAUUGGGUAUUGAGACUGUUGAUACCCCUGUUGAAACCAAUGCAAGGUACUAUCCUACUGACGGUGGUCCUUUUUCCGAUCUGAAUGUUUAUCGCACCAUUGUGGGAAGUUUGGUUUAUAUCAUAGUUACACUUCCAGAUAUUGCUCAUGUUGUUCAUGUUGUCAGUCAAUUUGUUACGGCUCCUACCUCUGUUCAUUGGGGAGCUAUACUUCGUAUUCUGAGAUAUUUUCGUGGCACUCAGUUUCAAACCCUUUUGUUUCCCUCGACGUCUACUCUUGAGUUAUGUGUCUAUAGUGAUGCUGAUUGGGAUGGUGAUCGUCAUGUUCGUAAAUACACCACCAGAUUUUGCGUAUUUCUUGGAGAAUCUCUGAUUUCACGGAAGAACAAAAAACAACACGUUUUCUCUAGAUCUUCCAUUGAGACUGAGUAUCAUGCUAUGGCUAUGACUACAUGUGAUAUUAUCUGGUUACGGUGGCUUCUUGCAGAUAUGGAAGUUCACAUUUCUUCACUUACUCCCCUGCAUUAUGAUAGUAAAAGUGUGAUACAAAUUGCGAAGAAUCUUGUUUUCCAUGAGCGGACGAAAACACAUUGA